ACGUCACAUGGUUAGUUUUUAGUGGAGGGGAGAUUGCUUACCUUACAGCUGUCAUCAGUAUGGUUCUUUGUACUUAAAGUUAUAUUCAUUCAUUUUAAUAGAAAAGUGAUGUGAUUUCUGUGAAAUCUCUCUUUGAAUACUUAUUAACAAUAUUCGAAUGUAAGUUUAAAACUGAGGAGUUACCUAACCGAUCACUGACAUCUCGUAUACUACUUUGUAUAACCUAGAAAGCAUGUUAGAAAACAUUGCAUAGUCACCGUAGUAUAAUCUGAUUCCAGAUGCUAACAAAGUUAAAAUAAAAUUUUGUGUAACUCUUUCCCGACUUACAUCGUAUUAUUAUCCUAAAAAUGGCUGAUACAUUGAAGUAUCUUAGAGUCUAUUUUGUUACAUGGAAUGUGGCAACUAAAUAUCCAGAGCAAGAUUUGCAUGAACUUCUUGAUAUCAGUCAUAUUAACGAGACAAGAACAUCACCAGAUUUAUACUUUGUUGGAUUACAAGAAGUUAAAGCUCAACCGCAAAAUAUGGUGAUGGAUAUGUUCUUUGAAGAUCCAUGGACUAAAUCUUUCAGAGAAGUAUUGAAGAAUUAUGACUAUGUAAAAAUACGUACACAACGGUUACAGGGUCUUGUUUUAAAUAUCUUUUGUUUGAGAAAACACAUCACGCAUUUGAGAUUAAUAGAGACUCAAUAUACACGAACAGGAUGUGGAGGCAUGUGGGGAAAUAAAGGUGCAGUUAGUAUAAGACUAAAUAUGUAUGGAAUUAACAUGUGUGUAGUAAAUACACACUUGACACCGCACGACCAUUUAUUGGCAGACAGAAUUAUGGAUUAUAAUACAAUACUCACAAGUCAUAGUUUCAGUAAUCCAGAUACAUCAAAAAUAUUAUUUCAUGAUUAUGUAUUUUGGAUCGGUGAUCUAAAUUUUCGAUUACACGGAGAGGAUUUGACUGCCACAGAGAUAGACAUGCUAGUUAGGAAAAAUGAGCUAAAGUCCUUGUUAGCUAGAGACCAAUUGAAGAUGGUAAUGGAAAAGGGCGAAGCUUUCUCUGAAUUGAAUGAAAAUCCUAUUACAUUUCCUCCCACUUAUAAAUAUGAAUUUGCAUCUCAAGAAUUUGAUCUCAAGCGUCGACCAUCAUGGACUGACAGAAUUUUGUACAGAGUAAAUGCUGAUAUUUAUGAUGAUAUUAGAUUGAGUGCUAUUCAACGUAAUUAUAAAAGUCAUUCCAAUUAUAUACAAUCAGACCAUAAACCUGUUACAGGAGAGUUCGAUGUUAUUAUAAGACCACACGUGAAAGAUCAUGGUGUAGAAUUCCAACCUGUGUCAUCAUGGUUUAUCGAUGAAGAAAAUUCAGUGUCAUACAAAUUAUUGGGAGAUGCGAGACCAGCUAGCGGCGACUGGGUAGGACUUUUUCACAAUGAAUUUUCCAGCCUAGACGAAUACAUCGUUUAUGAAUAUGUAGGUCGAGGUAAAUCGUCUCCAGUUCCUUUCGAGCCUCAUUCGAUCACCGAACGAAUUUAUUUUAGCGAUACGGCUCUUCGAACACCAGGAAUGUAUCGCUUGGUAUAUGUUGCUCAACGAGGAAAUCUUGUUGGAAUUUUAGGCAUUAGCCCACCAUUUCCAGGGCAUCAUAGACCUUGAUAAAUUAAUUUCUUUAACAUAAUCGGAAUAGUCGGUAACAGAUGAUUAAUUUUUGAACUCGAUAUAUGUUUUAGCACAGUAUGGUAAAAAACAAAUAAUUUUUGCACCAACAAGGACCACAAAGGGUUUAGACACACCCAACAAUUUUAUAUUGUGUACGUUGCAUUGUCACGCAGUAUAUAAAUUUAAAUUAAACUUUCUUGAAAUUUCGAGCGAAAGGGAUAAAGUUAGAAGAGAUUAAGUAUUAUAUUAUUCGGCAAAUAAUACUUACUUUAUGAAUUAAUUCCAUCUGAGUAAUUUAAAGACAGAUAAUUUUAUAGAAAACUAUAUUUUUAUAAUUCUCAUAAUGAAAUCUAGCUUUUAUUUUGCCAAUUCAAUGUAAAAUGUUUUAUAAAAUUUUGAUAUUUGCUGGAUAAUACAAUAACGAUAAUUAGGUAUGUACAUACAUCUACAUAGAUGUAAAAUGAUACUCUCAAAAUGACAUAGCGUAAUUUAUACGACACCUUGAUUUUCUAAUUAAUAUCCAAAAGUUACUUUCUGUACCUGGUUUGGCUGUCGGGUUAUUAACCGAUAAGGCAUUAGAAUUUAAUCGUCUGACGCUUCAGAGCUUAUAACGAGUGUGCUACUAUUAUUUUUGCGCACCUAAUAUACGAACAAACACUCUUAGAUAAUUAUCAAUUUUUAUUAGCUUAAUAGGAAACCUUUUGGUUCGAUUGGCAUAGUCUAAUAAUAGGUUUGGUUGUACAAACCUAUACUAUUUUAUUUUUAUAUAGCAUAGUAGAAACGCAAAAGUAGAGCGAACAAAUGUAUAAUGUAGUCUCGGGAGGGAUACAAAUAAAAAUAUUUUUUACUCGUGUCAACAA